AUGUUUCUCAACUGGUCUAUGACGAAUUGGAAAAUCGUCAAGUCGGAGAUUCGCUCACGGUGCGGUUUCUGCGGUAUCAUUAUGCAUGACUGGGCGGACCGGACCGAUCACUUGGCGGAGCAUUUUAAGAGCGGAAAAACAAUGGCUGACUGGCAUGGUGAUUGGGGGUUUGACCCAUCGGUACUGGAAAUGCUCACCAAUUCUAUUCCGCCCUAUCUCAUCGAAAAUGAACAACAAUCCCCUUUUCCAUUCCUCGCUAGUGUCGCGCCUACUGAGUCUCCGCGGAACGCAUACGAGCUUAUUACAUUAGAACUUGCCUACUUCAUGGCCAACCACGAGGAAAAGACUAAUGCCCUCCCGAAGGACAGAGAUAUUCAGGUAGAGGCGUGUCGUAUAAUCUACGCUUCUGAAGUACUGUCCACACAACGAGACAUCGCAGCAGAAUCCUCCUGGUUACGAGACCUCGUCAUGUCUUCAGAUGAAAUUGCCUCAAGUGCAAGAUUUGCACCUCUCCGACGACGAGCCGAAAAUAGGAGUGCCAUUCUCAAGAUCAAUGGAAAAGACAAUCUUUUCGAGCAGUGUCCGCUUGAGGUCCAACUACACGACUUUGUUCAUGUUAAAGUCCUUCGGAACAUGACGGUAUCAAAUGAAAUGCUCCAAGAGGAAGCUUGUCACAUUAUUCGGCGAAUGGAAAAGGCGAGCAUUUUGCCAUGUCGUUACCCUGCUGACUGGCUCGUGCGACUUGUCAAGUCGUCGACUGGAUGGCUAAGCAAUUUUCGCCAACGAGCCCGUCUUCCACCUUACGUUGAUGCUGACGCUCCUGUUGAUUUGUUACAAGAAACGGCGGGGAAUAUAUACACCUACACCGGACUUGAGCGAUACCUGGGAGACUAUAUCGACUCCCGGCGAGCCAUAGGCAUCGAACCGUCAAGUGAGGAACUGGAGCGGAAAGCUCAUUCAUUCAUCUACCAAUCUGGAUUGCACCAUGAUAAAGUGGACAACUCGGAAUGGGCGGCCAAUUUCAAGAGGCGUCAUGAUCAAAUACACCAUGGGACAACAGCGGUAGGGACCUUGAGCCCUGGACGGUCACUGCAUGAAGUCAUGCUACCAAACGAGCCACAACCCAACUCAGAGAUGCAACCUAACGACGACAGUGGCAGUCCUGGGAGAUUUGAAGAUUUGAUGACAAACACCUUUUUCCUGAAUGAUACCGAUUGCUAUCGUCGUCUGGCACAGGAGUUGACCCGAUUCGUCACCUCUACAAUGUCUCCCAAUAAUCCGAAUCGGCAUGUUCCUACCGAUGCAGAAAUCCAAUAUCAGGCGCGAUGGAUCAUGUUUGAUUGCGAUGACCCCUGGAAUCAAACUGCUGCUGAAAACAGUGAAUGGCUGAAUCGUUUUAAGCGCGACGUAGGCAUACUGCCUCCAAAGACGUGA